UUGUGCAACAUCGCGCAGGUCAACGAACUCUGAUCGACUUUUGCCAGCGCCAGUGAACCGUCGGCGUAUACAAAUACAGAUUGAAAUCAAGAGCUUUGAUACAAGGAUCAGAAUGAAUGAUAGUUUAGCCAAUAUUUUGAGCCGUCUUACACUGCCUGUCAAUGUAUCAGUCACGGAUCAAGCUGAGAAGCUGACCCAUGUAUGGACAGCUUCUGAUCGAGCAGAAUUCAAGGAAAAUGAAACCACAUGGGCAGUUUGUGCAAUCUACAUAGCAACAGUCAACGUCAAGUAUGGGAAAGGAGCUCCGGUUUCAAGCGGCAAUGAAGCCCCAGAAUCAUCUAGUCUCCCAACUGUUUCUCAGUUGCUGCAUGCUUCAAAUAUCAACAUCAAGACAUUCUUUGAGCACAUGGGUAAGGUUGAAGAGUUCUUCAGCUUCAGUGAUACAGUCAAGAGCAGUCUAAUGGCCCUCAAACAGAAAUACCUCAUCACCUAUGCCAUAUUCUGCAAGUUUGAAAAGCUAUUCAACAAGCUUUUCAAGUCACCUGAUGAGAUCCCAUGCUCUACAGAUGGAUCAUGUGAUGUAUCAUGUGAUAAGAAGAGAGUCUGUUGGUUGCUCUUCCUGAUAGCCAAAGGUUCUAUGUUGAGUGAAUGCAGUGAGUUGGUGCUUCCAUUACAUUUGCUGUUGAGUUGUGUGGACUAUACUCUCAGCAAAGCCCUUCCUUUCACCAUCAGAGAUACAUUCACAUCUCUACGCUAUGACAAGGGAUCUGAAGAUGAAACCAGUGAGGAGCGUCUGAGAGUGGUAUGUAAGGAAGGAGGAUUAGCAACCGAUUCAGAGGAUGAGGUUGCCAUGGUGAAGAGAAGCAUCUUUAUUCCAUUCAUCAAUUCCAUCUCAUCUGACGCUACAGAACAAGAUGUGGAAGGAUUUCCAAAGAUGGAUCAUUUGGAGUCAACCUACCAACAGAUGUACCAGUCGGCAGGGGACAUCAAUGAGGUCAACUUCCUGACCUUUGACACUACGCUGACCCCACCAAAGGCUGCCCAACCCAGUGUGCCUCCAUCACCGGACUCUACAGUCACAAAUCCUCCAUUCCUUACACCUGUCGGGAGAGCUGUGACUACAGUACAAGCCUUGAAAUCCCUUCUUACAGGAGCAAGGGACACACCUUCUGAUGUGCUUCAUAGAUACUUUGAAGGGUGUUCCAUAAACCCAGAGAGUGCUAUUGAGCAGAGAGUAGAGAAAUUAAAAGAGCUCUUUGUUGGGCACUACGUUGGAGAGGUCGGAGUUCAAGCCUCGGAACUCGCCUGUACCCGCUUCAAACUAGGACUACGCUUCUAUUACCGCAUCAUGGAAACAAUGCUUGUUAAGGAAGAGAAACGUCUGUCUACUUCAGACUUCUCCACCCUUCUCAACAACGAUGCAUUCCAUCGCUCUCUUCUUGCCUGUGCCCUUGAGGUUGUCAUGGUUACGUUUGGUUACAUAGCUUCGCCAAUCAACUCUGGAAUGUCAGCGCUUAGCAGUAAGCUUCUCUUUCCUUGGAUCCUGGAUGUAUUUGACCUUCAUUCAUUUAACUUCAUCAAGGUCAUUGAAAGCUUUGUCAAGAAUGAACCUAGGCUUACUGAGGAAGCAAGGAAGCAUCUUCAAGGGAUAGAAACUCAGAUUGUAGAAUGCCUUGCCUGGUCUAUCAACUCACCUCUCUUCGAUGCUCUUAGGAGAGUAAGAGGAAUUGAAGUCAAUGGAUCACUAACACAGAGUCCUAGUUCACAUACUUCUGCUGCUGACAUGUUCUUAUCACCAGUUCGUCCUGGCCACUACUCAUCAACUCACCGACCGACAAACGAGGCCACCCCACCCCGCCGUACCCACGCCCCUACCUGCGCCUCCCGACUGGACUACCCAUCCCCCAAGUCAUCCCGUCUGAGCAUCCAGCAGUGUCCUUCCCCUCGAGUAGGGGUGCAGAAUUGCCCCUCCCCGCGGCCAAGCCAUGUUGGGGUUGGUGGUCAAGACAAGCCAGGGUCAGUAACACUCAAUAUGUUCUUCAAUAAGGUUCUGCAGUUGGCCUACCAUAGACUCCAUACAAUGUGCAACCUUUUGGACAUCGGCAGAGAUUUGAAUCGGUUAAUGUGGAUGUGUGUGGAGCACUGUAUCACCAAUAAACCUUGGCUCUUACAAGGAAGACAUCUUGAUCAGAUCAUCAUGUGUUCCAUGUAUGGUAUCUGCAAAGUGAGAGACUGCGAACGGAAAUUCAAGGAAAUUGUGAACAUGUACAGAGGUCUGCCACAUGCCCUCUCACAGACGUACAAGAAUGUAUACAUGGGUGAAGGGAGAGAUUCAAUCAUUGCAUUCUACAAUCAAGUCUUCAUUCCAAACACCAGAGAAUAUAUCCAUAAAUUCCAGCUCAAUAUCUCUCCUGCCAAUCUGUCUCCAGUACCAUCCCGUUGUCAAGCAGUAGCUUCACAUGCCACGCCCAUUUAUCAAGUACCAGGUGCUUCUAAUUUUUACAUCUCACCGAUGAAAGACUCUCCGUUUAAGAGCCCUCAACCGGUCAGCUCAGUAUCAUCACCAAGUCAAAUGACUCCAAGAACAAGGACGCUGUACAGCUUUGGGGAGACAUUGAGUUCUGAAAGAUUGCGAGAGUUCAACCAGCAGGUAGCGAGACCAGAUAGGUCACCAAGGCCGUCAAGUAAGAGAUUGAAACUGGAAGAACUGGAUGGACCGGCAGAAAAUGGAGAUGGACCAUCUCAUCAAGAACAUGGUGAUGAUGAAAUGGAUUCAAGCAUUAUUCAGAGAGGACAGGGUGAUCAAGUGAUGUCAUCGAUGCAAAGGAGAAUCUCACAGUUUGCUUCUGAUUCAAGGAUGAUUCCCAAACCAUCGUCCACCAGUGAUACAGAUCAGACCAACGGGAAUACAACAGAAUAGAACAAUCAUCCUUUUAUUCUACUCAUUCAUGAGACAAACACCAAAGAAAAUCAAAGUUGAUAUUCAGGUAAUGUGAAGAGAUCAAUUAUGAUGUUGCAUGGAUAAUCAUUUUUAUCAUUCAUUGAUGAUUUCUGAUACUUUAAAAUACCCUGAGACAUUAAUUAGAGCAAGUGCAAAUAAUGAUGACUUGCUUAAAUCUAAUGAAUAGGUAAAAGACAUCUAUCUCCUGGGCUCUGAAACAAAGGCUUUGUAAUCAGUCGCUAAAUAACCAAUGAAUGUUAUUGUUUCACAUGCAUUUGGUUCAAAACACUGACAAGGAACCAAUCGGAAUGGGGCUUCUAUUUGCUAUUCAGGGGGUGGGUCAUUAGGAUAUUGACUUUGCUCAAGUACAACUUCAUUAUAUUCUAUUGUAGGUUGGUGAACAAGGUCUGUGAUAGUUCAGUGGUAUGUAUUGAGGCAACAGGUUCAAAUCUUAUUCAUUAAGUCAGUGUACUCUAAUUCCUCUGAGAUGAUCUUAGCCCUCUGUCACCUCAAAGAAUACAACAAAAAAGUUUUUCUUGUUCCAUUUUAAUGUUUCUAAUAUAUUCCAUCCACCUUUACCCUCUAUUUAUAACCCAUUAUAAAGUGUCUUCCUGUUUUGAUAUAUUGAAUAUAUUGUAUAGAAGUGUUGAAUAUUUAAAAACUGUUUUGUGAUAUGAAAUGAUGAAAUCGGCUUUAAUCAAAGUGAAUGGUUACCAGUCAAUAAUUUAUAUCCCAUGAUCAGAUAAUAAUUGGUUAUAAAUGAACCAUUAUUAACCAGUUAUAGUUUUGUAGGAUGAGGGUAAUUCAUCAGAUAACAAGCCACCACAUCUCUGCUUUAUAAAAGUUAAUACUGUAGUAAACAUCAUUUUAGUAAAUAAAGAGGCGUUAAUAGGAGAAAUUAUAAUUCUAAACAGAUUUUCGGCAUUGUCUUUGGCUAUGUGUUUAAGAUCGCUUACUCGAUCUGUAAUGAAAAUCAUAAGUCAGAAAAAAUUGGAACUAGUGGGAUUUGAAACUGUCAUCUACUGCUUUCCAGGCAGCGACUUCACCACCAGGCUAUUCUGGUCCACGGCCAAGUCACGAUGAACUGGAAUUCAAAUACCCUCGAUCCUCUUCUUUCUGACUCAUUAUGUAAAUGCAGUCCACCUUUGACAAUGGAUAGUAAAUAAAGCCUCUUUAUUACUAUCUAUUAUCCACAGCGGACAUAACAGUUCUAGCAUGCCUUUUUUUUAUCAGAAAGUUAUUUGACAAACCAUCCUCAUCUCAAUCCAUGACCGGUCAAUAUUACCAGUCAUUAGCUAAAAUAAAUUACUGGUCAUGUGAUACAUUUCAGCCAAUCAUUUGAUGAGAAUUCAUAUCACCAUUUUAUAAUCAUAAAGGAUUCUCAGAUACAUGGCUUGACAUGUUUAAUGUCUUGCUUUCUGAGGUAAAUUUACAGCAAAUUAUGUGAUAUAAAAGGUGUGGCUGAAGAUCAUUUCAUUUGAUCUUGUUUUAUUUACAAGUUGUUUAAAAAAAAAGUGGCUACUCUUUGAUUUUUGUGGGGUUUUUUUUUCUUCCAAUUUAUUUUUGUAACCUAUUUUAAAGGUGCCACUUUAUUGCAAGUAAAAUAAGUUAGCUCUGUUGAGUGCAUAUCAUCUUCUUCAAAUAAGAAAAAGAUCCAUGAAUAUAAUUGAUUGCCCAUGUAACCUAAAUGUAUUACAGAAUCAUAUCCUGUAUACAUACAUUGAAAUAAAUCCAUGAUUUUAAUUUACCUCUGAUAUGUAAAAGAAAUUACACAGCAAAGAAAAAUUAUUAAUAUCUUGCCUUUCCUUACUUUAAGUUUUGUUUGUGUUUUUAUUGUGGCACGAAAUUUCUUAUACCUGAAUAUUUGUGAUAAUAUAAUUGGGUCAACCCAUCAAAUACUGUGAUCUCUAUUUCUCAAUUUCAUUGAUUAGUACUGGGACCAUGUAGGUCUCUAGUAGGGAAGGGAUUUCAUUCUUAUUCUUUGUCAUGUUUAGUUGACAAAUUAAAGUGUGCGAAACUUUAUUUCAAAAGCAACAAAUGCUGCAUUUUGUUACUCUUUCACAAUUGGUUAUCAAAGUAAACUUUACAUAUGCAUUGAGAUGUUACUAUUUCAAUAUUCUGUUACUUUACAUUACAUUUUUUAAAGUUAUAGUGCUUUGAACUUCUAUUUUAGCAAAUUUUUAAAUGACUGUAGAACUUAUUUGUAUAUAGUUUUGAUAUGUGUAUUUUCAGUAUUGUUUUGAAAGUUUUGAAUUGCCAAUCUAUGACAUUCCAACAUAAAGAUUUACAAUUAAUUUGCAUUUUUGAAUGGUUAGUUUUAAUGUGAUAUUAUGUAUGUUUUUGUGGAGACAUACAUGAAUUUUGCUUUGUCUAUUUUAUAGACCCCAUGCUAAACAUGAAAACUUAGACUGCAUUGUGUAAUAUACAAGGACAUUCUUUUGCAAUGUAGUUGUGAUCACACACUCAACACAUUCUUGAAGAAAGAACCAUAAUUUCCAAAUAAAGUUAUUAUGCAGUGGCUUUAUUUAAGCUGUAAUCUGAUCUACAUUCUUGUUAAAAUUGUGUUGUUUCAUUUUUAUGUAAUCCUAAUAAAUAUUGAAUAACUUACUUUUUUAUCAUCUGAAAUCAUGAAAGAAGAACUUUCAUGAUCGUAUCUGAAAUCUCUAUUUGAAAUUUGGCUGAAGUAAUCUUACCUAUAUAUCCCUAGACAAUGAGAGAAGAAAAUUAAUUUAGAAUUUUUUUUUUUUGGCGUGCAGAUCAGACUUGCAUAGGCUUCUGCGUGUAAUAUGUGCGAGAUACUGUCAAUGCAGGCGACCUGCGGGUAGCAAAUGAUAGUCGCAUACAAAGUGUGCAAGGAAGAAUGUGGCAGAGCAGUCCGCAAGUUACAACAUUCUUUUACAUAUAAAGAGUUCUCUACAUGAAUUGGGAGACUGGUUUAAGACAUGAUGGUUGCCAUCAUUGUCAUGUUUCAUUAAUACAGUUUUGUUGGAUUUGAGGUUUUAACAACUUAGCAACGAUAUGGUAUUGCCUGACAUUUCACCUUCUCUGGUUGCUGUAUGAACCUUUAAAAUGAAUUUUAUUUCCUCUUGAAUUGUCUUGCUUGAUCUCCUGAGAAGUUGAUGAAACACUUCAAUAGUCAUCAUGAUCUUUUGUAUCUUUUGCCAAUUUUUAUAUCAAAUGCAGCCAACUUUGCCUCUAAAAGAGUCAAAUCACGAGAACUUAAGAAAUUUCACUGAGAAGAGGCGUAUGACACAUAUUUUGCAAAACAUGGUCUAAAAUUUGCUUCAUCUUAAGUGAUUAUUUGACUUAUGGAAGGUACACCUAUGCAAGCUUGUUAAAAUGCACAGGCAUCAAAUUGAAAUACUUUGACUCUGUGAAGAUCAGUAAAUCAUUUUUGUUUUGUUUUCUGGGGCUUAAUAGCUAACUGUAAUGUUUGUCAGUAGUAUCCUACUGAUGAUAUAUAUAUAUGUAAUGUUCAUGUCUUGGUACUUUGCCUUGAUGUGUUUACUUGUACUUGUUUUUGACGUAAGCACAAUAAAUCUGUAACAUGUGUUUCUUAA